AUGCAACGUCGUUCUGUUCCACGUACAGAUCCACGUUACAAUCAGAUACGUGCAAAAAAUAAUGAUAGUGUUAAAAAAUCUCGUGAAAAAUCUCGUCGUGAACGUGAUGAAACAAUUGAAUCUAUAAAUCAACUAGAACACGAUAAUAAAGAAUUAGUUGAACGUAUUAAAAAAAUGAAACAAGAAUAUGAACAAUUACAAGAAUUAUUUAAAAAACAUACUGGGAUAGAAAUAGAUCAAAUUUUAUCAUCUCAAACAAAUUCUCCUUCAACAUCUUCUAUACAACCAAAACCUGUUGAAGAAUCAAAACGAAACUCUUCUACACCUGUACUCACAAUAAAUACUAGUGAAGAUAAAACAACUACAGCACUACCAGAAUUACCAAUCGAUCCAAAUAAUCUUGAUGGUGCUAUUGUACUUAUUAAUGGUUGUCAGUAUAAGAUUGUCAGCAUGAAUAAAAGUUAA